UAGUGUUGCCAUACUACUUCCGGUUCAUUUUCGGCAACGCAUAGAAAGAUUGCUACAACUCUACACACGUUUCUUUUUGAGUUUCACCGGGAAAUUAGCAGAACAACCCUGAAAUGGACGAAGUAAACGUUCAAAACAAGAUUCCCCGGGACUUGGUGAAGUUUCUUGGUGUUGAGUCUCAGAGCGCAGCAAAAGCCAGGACAUUCACAGAGGCGUUCUUAAAAAACAGCAUUCAGCAUCAGGCUCAUCGUGGAGUGAGCGACAUGUUGAGCUACAAAGCCGUGGUUCUGGGCUCCUCCAGGCCCAAGAAGGACAAUCAGAAGAGGAACAGCAAGAAAGCCAAAGGACUGAACGCUCGUCAGAAACGGGCGAUGAAGAUCUUUCAGAUCAAGCCCGAGCAUCAGCGAUAUGAGCUUUUCCUACCUCUGCAUGAACUCUGGAGACAGUACAUCGUUGACCUUUGCGGUGGGUUGAAACCAACGAGCAACCCACAGUCUGUGCAACAGAAGCUUCUGAAGGCCGAUUUCCACGGUGCCAUCAUCACAGUCGUCUGCUCUAAAUGUCCGUCAUAUGUGGGCACCACAGGGAUCUUAGUCCAAGAGUUCAAACAUGUCUUCAAAAUCAUUACCAAGGAGAACAAACUGAAAGUGAUCCCAAAGAGGAACAGUGUGUUUGGAGUGGAGAUCAAUGGCUUUAUCUCUCACAUUUAUGGAAGCAAGUUUGAACAGCGGGCGAGUGAGCGCUCAGCCAAAAAGUUCAAAGUGAGAGGAACUAUUGACCUGUGAAUAUGGAACUGCUCAGACCUGAUAAUGUACAUUUGUGUAAUUUAAACUAUCAGACUAUUCAUCUGUUAUAGGUGCUUCAGCUUAGUCGUUCCCACACAUGAACUAGUCGUGAAUAAUGUCCAGAGAAUCUGGUCCUGUCAUUCAAAUAUGAUGAGAGCAGUGGACAUCUUCGUUUCAGACAGAUUCACAGCAACUGGAGAUUCUGUGUAGUUGAUCCAGGAGGGGUCAUGGCACCUGUCAUGAAUUAAUUUGCUGUGAAUUAUCAGUUUCUCCUGCUCUGUUCUCAUUCACUAACUGGAACAAUACUCAGACAUUUGAUUAGGGUGCUGGCUGGAAAAUCAGAUAAAAGGACACUGAUGGAUUUGAGAAGUAUUAUUUUUGUUUAAUUAAAACACCAAAACAUAAUUUUGCUAUCAGUACUGAAAGGUAACCAUCUCAUCAGCUGCACACAACCUUUUCCACUGACUUGCUUGAUUAUAAAACAAGUACCUGAAAUGUAUGCUACAAUUCCCUGGUCCUCAAGGAACACUGCCCUGCAUGUUUUAGAUGUCGCCCUGCUCCAACACACCUGAUU